AUGGCAGAAUCCGAGGAAUAUAAGACUGUCAUUGGUAUUUCUUUUGGAAACCAAAAUAGUUCUAUCUCUUUUAACAGAGAUGGAAAAACUGACGUUCUGGCAAAUGAAGAAGGAAAUCGUCAAAUUCCUUCUAUUUUGUCUUACCAAGGUAACCAAGAAUACCAUGGUGUUCAAGCUCGUGGCCAACUUGUUCGCAACGCCGACAACUCUGUUACCAACUUCCGUGAUUUGAUUGGUAAACCCUAUCAAGAAGUUACGAACCAUCACUGCCAUUAUUCAGCUUCUCCUGUCAAUGUCGAGGGACAGGUUGGUUUUAAGGUCACUGUUCAAGAAGAUGAGGAAUCUCAACCAAAGGAGAAGGUCGUUACUGCUCAAGAAGCCAGUACUCGCCAUUUGCAGCGUCUUCGUGAAUCGGCCCAAGACUUCUUGGGUGUUAAGGUUGAUGGUUGCGUUAUGUCCGUCCCUGUUUACUUCACUGAAGAGCAAAGAAAGGCUUUGGAAGCCGCUGCUGUUCAAGCUGGUCUCCCCAUUCUUCAAUUAAUUCACGAUCCUGCUGCUAUUCUCCUCGCCCUCAUGUAUUCUGAGUCUGUUCUUAUCGACAAGACUGUUGUCGUUGCUAACUUUGGUGCCAACCGCUCUGAAGUUUCCGUCGUUUCUAUCAAGGGAGGUAUGAUGACCGUCUUAUCCACCGCUCAUGAUGAAAACCUUGGUGGUGAAGAAUUGACCGAUGUAUUGGUCAAAUACUUUGCUAAAGAGUUUGAAAAGAAGAACGGUAUUAAUCCCCUCCAAAAUGCCCGUUCCGCUGCCAAGCUCAGGGAACAAUGUGAACUUACCAAGCGUGUUCUUAGCAACAAUACCAACGCUUCUGCUGCUGUUGAUUCCCUUGCUGAAGGCAUUGAUUUCCAUGCUACCCUUAACCGUCUUCGUUUUGAACUCGCCGCUGCUGCUCCUUUGAACCGUAUGGCCCAACUUGUUGAGCAAGCCGUUAAGAAAGCUAACUUGGAACCUUUUGAUGUUUCCGAAGUGGUUUUGGCUGGUGGUGCUUCUAACACUCCCAAAUUGACUUCUUUAAUGGAAGGAAUUUUCCCUGAACAGACCGCCAUUCGUUCCACUAGCUCUGUUACUCCUUUGCCUUUUGACGCUUCCGAACUCGUUGCAGUUGGCUCUGGUGUCCAAGCCUCUUUAGUUGGUCACUUUGAAGCUUCCGACAUCGCUUCUUCUAUGGAGUCUGCCAUCGUUGAAGCUCCUCACCUUACUGCUCCUAUUGGUAUCAACGAGGGUGGCAAGUUUGUCACUCUCUUGGACGCCGAGACUGCCUUGCCCACCCGUAAGGUUGUUGAGGUUGUCGCUCCCAAGGAAGGUGGUGCCUAUAUCCCUAUUUUCGAGGCUGAGCGUUCUGUCAAGAUUACCAAGGCUGAACCUGAGCCUUUGGAUGAAGAGGAGGCACUUUCCGAUGAAGAAGAGGAAGAGCCUGAGGAGAUUAAGGAGCGUAUCGCCGUUCCCAAAACUCUUCUCGCUACUAUCAAUAUUCCUGACGUCUCACCUAAUUCGAAGAUUGAGUUGGUUCUUCAAUUAGAUGUCGAAGGAAAGCUUACCGCCACUGCUCGCCCUAAGGAUGGCAAGGGUUCUAGCGUUCGUGGAUCUGCAUAA